GUGCUUGCGCUCCGCAGCCCCACAGGAGAGAGAGAGAGAGAGAGAGAGAGAGUGCGCGCAGUGCACACACGCGAGAUCCGGGAGCUGCUCCUGACCGACACGGGAGGAGGAGGAGGAGGAAAAGUGACCAGCGGAGGAAGGAAACGACUUUGGCUGCCUCUGGUGCUGGUGCUGCUGUCGCCGGAGCGGGGGAAGGACACUCUUCUGGCGCACAGCUCCGCGGGGCAUCUUCGCGGUGGGACGGACGGACGGGAAGGUACCAGAGGCUCGAGAAGGGAGCCGAGUGGGGCGGUUCGCUUUCCUUCCUCCGCUAGAUAGAAAGACAUACAGACUGGAGGAGCCGGGGAUUGAACCACGACCUGCUGGUUAGUGGACGACUCGGUCCUGAAUGGCGUCAAAUGACUCGCGGCUCCAGCAGCCGCCGGGCCAGAAGGACGCGGCCGACCAGAACUUCGACUACAUGUUCAAACUGCUGAUCAUCGGCAACAGCAGUGUGGGAAAGACCUCCUUCCUGUUCCGCUACGCGGACGACGCCUUCACCUCGGCCUUCGUCAGCACCGUGGGCAUCGACUUCAAGGUCAAGACCGUCUUCCGCAACGACAAGAGGAUCAAGUUGCAGAUCUGGGAUACAGCAGGCCAAGAGCGCUACCGCACCAUCACCACGGCCUACUACAGAGGAGCCAUGGGCUUCCUGCUCAUGUAUGACAUCACUAACCAGGAUUCCUUCAGCGCCGUGCAGGACUGGGCGACGCAGAUCAAGACAUACUCUUGGGACAACGCUCAGGUGAUCCUUGUUGGUAACAAGUGCGACCUGGAGGACGACAGGCUCGUACCCACAGAAGACAGCCAGCGACUGGCGGAGGAGCUAGGCUUCCAGUUCUUUGAGGCCAGCGCGAAGGACAACAUCAACGUGAAGCAGGUGUUUGAGCGUCUGGUGGACGUCAUCUGCGAGAAGAUGAACGAGAGCAUGGAGGGAGACGGCAACCUCGUAUCCAACCACAGGAACCAGGGCCUUAAAGACUCACCUUCAGAGAGCAGCGGGGGCUGUGCUUGCUAAAAACAUACACUCACACACACACACGCAUGCACUGAAUCAUGAAAAUCAACUCUUUCUCUGUGCCUCACUCCACGCCACGCCUCCUCUGUGUUGUCUACACAUUGUCCAGGCCGCCUCUGUCUCUCUCUCUCUCUCUCUCUCUCUCUCUCUCUCUCUCUCUGUGGUCUCAACCCGUCAGGUCUGUGGUGAGCUGAUAGUCAAACAAAACCGGCCCCCCGUCCUCUGUCCACUCCCCACACCAACCGCCUUGACCAGUUGACAAUAUAGAUUUACGACAUUUACACCAUUUGGUCAGUCCCGUCGAACGCCUCCGUGUCAGAUACAGAUUGAAGUUCAUACGGUAUGUGUUUCAGCGGGUUCGAUGGCAGGUGGCCUCACAAAGCCCAGACUGCAUAUACACACCCGUGAGCCCAGAGACACAAGUUAAACUAGACGCUCCUAAACUGAAAUAAAUCAUGCUUCUGCAACUCAAGGCUUCAUUUUUUUUAUUUUUUUUUUGCAUAAUCCAGUCAGAUCCAAGGAGAUUAAUGCUCAUGACUGAUUUAAGGAGAGAAGCGUGAAUCAUUUUUGUAAAGCCGAAUUGAGAUAAUCAGGGCUGGAGAGACCACUGGUAAAUUGUACUCAAGGUAAAAUUACUGUUACUUAAAAGACAUUUUAUUCAAGUAGAUCUACAAGUUAUCACCUAAUCAAAAAUGUACUCGGAUAAAAGUAGAAAGUUAGCAAAUUUGAAGUUAAGUUUUUAAAAGGGGGAUGGGUAAAAAAAUGUAAUAUGCUGAUGAUAAUGAUAUUUGACAAAGCUGCUGGAUUAAGGCUGCCAGGAAUGUAUGCAUCGAAACACCAAUGAAUAUACACAGUGGGUGUCCAUAGAUUGAAUGUAGCAGUAUCAGGCUACAUAAAUUCAAAAACCCGUAGUCACUUCUUACAGAAUUAACAACAGGAUAAAUCCGCAGAGAUGUAUGCACAUAAACUCAACAGGGGGUGCAGCUGACACGUUUGCUGGACAGCACAUCCUGUAUCAGUCAGUGACACACACCUUGUGAACGACUCGGAGUCUUUCCACAAGCUGCUCCGGGUCCAACUUCUCUGCUUGUUCAUUCUCAAUGUAAAAAGUCCACUCAGCUGUUCCGUCUCUGGACUGUGAUCCACAGUCAGUAUUUUAGCGUUUAGAGUUGAGCCAGACCCAGCGUUCACCAGUGCGUUUGAUUUGGGACACUUGUCGUGGUGGUCACCGGGUGGUGCAUCAGAUCAGCAGCGUCUUCUCUGCUGCAGCCGCUGAUUCGGCCCUUUUCAUUCGUUGCAUUAUCGCAGGAUUAAUCGCAACUUCAUCCUGUGACUCGUUGUUUUGACUGAAAGAUUUUGGUGUUGAAUGUAACAAAGUAAAAUACUUAUUACUAAGUGUAAAAAGAAAACCAAAAGCAACUUUGUUACUGUAACAAGAGUAAAUGUGACUUGUUACUUCCACCCCUGGAAGUGAUGUACUCUCUGUCCCAUUGUCUGUAAAAUGCAGCUUAGCCAAAGGAAAUUCAGGUGUGAGAAUACAUAUAUUCCUUCAUGUUGCGUUUUUUCGCCCUAUAAUUUCCUUGUUGAUGAUAAAGAAACCCAGCAGGAUGUCAUCAUGAA